ACCCCAGUGCCACCAGCUGGCUCCAAGGCAGAAGCUGAUUAGCGGGCAGGGAGUGGUGUGCUUUCAGCUGCAGCAGAGACAGCCCAGAGGACAAAAUGAGAACCAGCUGCAAGGGCCCUUUAACUCCCAAGCCCCACCCCUGGGCCAGGCCUGCCUCGGCCUGCCCUGCCGGGAAGUGAUCCCCAGGGCUGGGUGAGAGUUCCCCAUCUCUGGCGUGUGUUGCAGCUAGCUGCACUUCUGGAUUCAUCUUCUGGUGAGCUCUGGGCUUAGGAGUCACCAUGGCAACUGAAGAGUUCAUCAUCCGCAUCCCCCCAUACCACUACAUCCACGUGCUGGACCAGAACAGCAACGUGUCCCAUGUGGAGGUUGGGCCAAAGACCUACAUCCGGCAGGACAACGAGAGGGUGCUGUUUGCCCCCAUGCGCAUGGUGACCGUCCCCCCACGCCACUACUGCACAGUGGCCAACCCUGUGUCGCGGGAUGCCCAGGGCUCGGUGCUGUUUGAUGUCACAGGGCAAGUUCGGCUUCGCCACGCUGACCUCGAGAUCAGGCUGGCCCAGGACCCUUUCCCCCUGUACCCAGGGGAGGUGCUGGAAAAGGACAUCACACCCCUGCAGGUGGUUCUGCCCAACACUGCCCUCCAUCUGAAGGCACUGCUCGAUUUUGAGGAUAAAGAUGGAGACAAAGUGGUGGCCGGAGACGAGUGGCUCUUCGAGGGACCUGGCACGUACAUCCCCCGGAAGGAAGUGGAGGUCGUGGAGAUCAUUCAGGCCACCAUCAUCAGGCAGAACCAGGCUCUGCAGCUGAGGGCCCGCAAAGAGUGCUGGGACCGGGACGGCAAGGAAAGGGUGACAGGGGAAGAAUGGCUGGUCACCACAGUGGGGGCGUACCUCCCAGGGGUGUUUGAGGAAGUCCUGGAUUUGGUGGAUGCCGUGAUCCUUACGGAAAAGACAGCCCUGCACCUCCGGGCUCGGCGGAACUUCCAGGACUUCAGGGGGGUGUCCCGCCGCACUGGGGAGGAGUGGCUGGUGACCGUGCAGGACACGGAGGCCCACGUGCCAGAUGUCCACGAGGAGGUGCUGGGGGUUGUGCCCAUCACCACCCUGGGCCCCCGCAACUACUGUGUGAUUCUUGACCCCGUCGGACAGGAUGGCAAGAAUCAGCUGGGGCAGAAACUCGUGGUCAAGGGAGAGAAGUCUUUUUUCCUCCAGCCAGGAGAGCAGCUGGAACAAGGCAUCCAGGAUGUGUACGUGCUGUCGGAGCAGGAGGGGCUGCUGCUGAGGGCUCUGCAGCCCCUGGAAGAGGGGGAGGAUGUGGAGAAGGUCUCACGCCAGGCUGGGGACCGCUGGCUCAUCCGCGGACCCCUGGAGUACGUGCCGUCUGCCAAGGUGGAGGUGGUGGAGGAGCGCCAGGCCAUCCCUCUAGAUGAGAACGAGGGCAUCUAUGUGCAGGAUGUCAAGACCGGAAAGGUGCGCGCCGUGAUUGGAAGCACCUACAUGCUGACGGAGGACGAAGUCCUGUGGGAGAAGGAGCUGCCUCCCGGGGUGGAGGAGCUGCUCAACAAGGGGCAGGACCCUCUGGCAGACAGGGGUGACAAGGGCACAGCUAAGAGCCUCCAGCCCUCUGCGCCCCGGAACAAGACCCGCGUGGUCAGCUACCGCGUACCCCACAACGCUGCCGUGCAGGUGUAUGACUACCGAGCGAAGCGAGCCCGUGUGGUCUUUGGGCCUGAGCUGGUGUCGCUGGGUCCUGAGGAGCAGUUCACAGUGCUGUCCCUCUCGGCUGGGCGGCCCAAGCGUCCCCACGCCCGCCGUGCGCUCUGCCUGCUGCUGGGGCCUGACUUCUUCACAGACGUCAUCACCAUUGAAACAGCGGAUCAUGCCAGGCUGCAAUUGCAGCUGGCCUACAACUGGGAGCCCGUGGAUCAGAGAACCCGGGACGCCCUGCAACGCAGCGUCCAGCUGGCCAUUGAGAUCACCACCAACUCCCAGGAAGCGGCAGCCAAGCACGAGGCUCAGAGACUGGAGCAGGAAGCCCGCGGCCGGCUUGAGCGGCAGAAGAUCCUGGACCAGUCAGAAGCUGAGAAAGCGCGCAAGGAACUCUUGGAGCUGGAGGCUCUGAGCAUGGCUGUGGAGAGCACCGGGAAUGCCAAGGCGGAGGCCGAGUCCCGUGCAGAGGCAGCCCGGAUUGAGGGAGAAGGGUCUGUGCUGCAGGCCAAGCUGAAAGCAGAGGCCUUGGCCAUCGAGACGGAGGCUGAGCUCCAGCGGGUGCGGAAGGUCCGAGAGCUGGAACUGGUUUAUGCCCGGGCCCAGCUGGAGCUGGAGGUGAGCAAGGCUCAGCAGUUGGCUGAGGUGGAGGUGAAGAAGUUCAAGCAGAUGACAGAGGCCCUGGGCCCCAGCACCAUCAGGGACCUUGCUGUGGCUGGGCCUGAGAUGCAGGUCAAACUGCUCCAGUCCCUGGGCCUGAAAUCAACCCUCAUCACUGACGGUUCCACUCCCAUCAACCUCUUCAACACGGCGUUUGGGCUGCUGGGGAUGGGGCCCGAGGGUCAGCCCCUGGGCAGAAGGGUGGUCAGUGGGCCCAGCCCCGGGGAGGGGAUAUCCCUUCAGUCUGCUCAGAUCCCCAAAGCUCCUGCGGACAACCACGUGGUGCCUGUACUGCACCCUUGACCAAUAAAAUGGACGUUUUUGGGCAUUUAAAAUUUAAA